UCAUGCGCCCUGACCGAAUAUUUCGGUCACUAGCCUCACUUACCUCGGUCGCAUCGCUCCUACUUUCCCGUCUCCUGGCGGUGACGGCUGCGCUGCAUUCUUUGACGGGCCGGCCAACGCUGGUACAUAUGAUAUAUCAAUCAGAUAGAUACGAUAUACGUUGGGCCACAAUUUUCCAUCAAAUUGCGGGUCAACUGCUUCCGACCCAUGUGCUAGUUUAGUUGAGUCUAGGAAAACAGAAAUGUUCUUCUUUCUAAAUACGGGGAGCUUUCUAUCACCAGAUCAAGUCGUAUGGGUCUGUCGAUAUGACAGCGGGACCCGCUAAAGGAAUAUUCUGGAUUUUCCUACAGAACACCAAAUAAUGUAUGUUGAAUAGGAGUACUGAGACAGAAUAGAUUAAACCUCCACAGGCC